AUGUCUUCAUCAUCAACAUCAAGAACAACCUAUGUAUUGUCACAAAUGAGGUCUAGUCAGCAAACAUCAAGUCCUAACAAUGGUGUUUCUUCCGGACCUCAGGCAAAUACUGAUCAGCAAUCUUACAUGAUCAACAAUAAUACUGUUAAUGAUCCACAUAUGGCUGGUAUGCUACAAAAUGAAAUACUUAUCAAAAGUAUGCUACCACAAUCAAUGUUAACCGUGCAAAUAACACCAUCAUCAUCGGCAACUGGUUCGAAAGCAACACAUCUUCCUCAAACUUCAAUUCCAGAUUCCCAGCAUCAACAACAAAAAAUGUCAAUGAUUCCACAGCAAACACCACCUCAAUCGUAUUUCCCCAAUUACCCAUACGCACAGUCAUUAUUUCCAUUCUUUCCACCCAUCACAUGGUUGACCCCGUCACAAUCACCUCAACCUACAGCUUUACCUCAUCAGCCUGGCACCAGCAAAUCUACUUUUGGUACACCAGAUUCCGGUAUCGGCUUAGGAACACCAUCGGGCAUUGAUAGCUCUCCAUCGACGUUGCUAACGCCACAAUCGCCGUACAUCAGCGGACAACCACCACCUUCGCAAUUCGGCGAAUUCAACCCGUUGACAGGUUGUUACUCAAUAGGUUCUGGAGCCAGUACUGGACUCUCAUCCGGAAAUGUCCCUAUGGGAGCCUCGAUUAUCCCCGGAAUGUCUGGCAUGAUAGCGUAUCCAAUGGCCACUUCACAUCAACAACAUUAUCAACAAGCACCAGGCCAGUCAUCGUCUACCCCAAUCACAACAAACAGCCAAUCAGCAAUCGCUCGUAAACGAAAGCUGGCUACCAUAUCGCAUCGUCAACGGCGAAAUUACUGUAGUAUAUGUCAGUCAGUGAUACACGCUGAGGGAAGGCGAUCGCAAGGUCCGCGUCGACAUGUACUGCAAUUUCACGUGAUGAAGCCAUUGUACAGAUGCAGACUGUGCGAGUACUCAAGUCCGUACGAUAAGUAUCACAUAGCGAGUCAUGCAAAACGAGUGCAUGCUACCGAUCGGCUCAGUGAUAUUUUGAUUGAUAAUACAUCGGAAUUUGAGGACGAUAUCCAAUAUUGGACUGAGAGAUGUUUUGAUCCAGACAAACUUCUGCAAUAUCGCAGUAACGCAGCAUUUGAACGAGAGAACGUUGCGGUCACAUCGGAUGUUCAUCAAGAAACGGAAACGCCGAAUCCAAAAAGGAGGAAAGUGCAUAGUUUUGCUGUUGAAGAUCUUUUGGCUGAUGAUGACGAUUGCAGUGAACGUGACCGAAAUUCAAAGCAAGUAAGGCCAGACGAGAAUCUUACAUGCGAGAAAGGAAUUGAUCAAAAUGAACGAAUGAAGAAAUCGACGAGUGUAAAACGGGCUAAAGAUGAGGAGGACUGUGAAGAAAGUGAAGAGGAUGCUGAACGCUUGAGUAUCAAAUCGCCGAUCACUGCUGAUGAUAAGGGAAUGGUAGAAAUUAUUAUACCAAAACGCCUCUUCACUGAUCAAUAA